CUUAAACGACGUACAGUAGUUCGCGCGUCCGACGCGUCAAGUGUUUUCGAGUUAUACCCACACAUUUCAUCCGUAGUUAACCCUUGUGUUACCCGAGUGUCCGUCGGACUUUUGAUGUACGGUUGCACUCGCGCGUACCGCCACUUCUCGAAAUGACAGUGACCGGAAACUUCGGGUUGAUGCACAGGCCUUGUUUCUCUGGAUACCCUUUCCAAGGUGAGCGAGCUGGUUUCGGUCAGGGAAGAGUGAAUCAACUUGGGGGCGUCUUCAUCAACGGUAGGCCCCUUCCGAAUCAUAUCAGGCUGAAGAUCGUCGAACUGGCUGCUGCGGGGGUUAGACCCUGUGUGAUAUCCAGGCAGCUCAGGGUCUCCCACGGUUGCGUCAGCAAAAUACUCAAUAGGUAUCAGGAAACCGGUUCCAUAAGGCCGGGCGUCAUCGGGGGUUCGAAGCCGAGGGUGGCGACGCCGGAGGUGGAAAAUCGAAUAGAGCAAUACAAGAGGGAAAACCCGUCGAUUUUCAGCUGGGAAAUCAGGGAGAGGCUGGUCAAGGAGGGUAUCUGCGACAGGAGCACCGCGCCGAGCAUAUCGGCCAUCUCCAGACUGUUGAGAGGACGAGGGGUGGAAUCCGACGACAAAUCUUCGGAUAACGACGCAGGAUCGGACUGCGAUAGCGAGCCCGGCAUACCUCUGAAGCGGAAGCAGAGGCGUUCCAGGACCACCUUCACCGCCCACCAGCUGGACGAGCUGGAGAAGGCCUUCGAGAGGACCCAGUAUCCCGACAUCUACACCAGGGAGGAGCUGGCCCAGAGGACCAAACUCACGGAGGCGAGAAUACAGGUUUGGUUCAGCAACAGAAGGGCGAGGCUCAGGAAGCAACUGGCUUCCUCCUCUUCAUCUUACCCCUCCAUAGGAGUCCUUGGAGCGCCCUAUCCAGCCCCAGCCACCCCUUACAACUCCCUGGGACAAGGGAUGACCGAAGGGAGCUUCUCAAACGGAAACGCCUCCAGUCAGAUGCAUUUCGUUGAAGGCCCAAUGCGCGCCCUUUACGUGUCCGACCUCUACCCCAGCCACGGCCAUUCCACGUCGCCGAAUCUACCCAUGCAGAACCCGCCCAUGAACCUCCAGAACCCCUAUUCCUCCUCCCCCAUCUACCCCUCCCACCAUCUCCUACCCAUAUCGCAGAGCAUGAACAUAACGACCGCACAAACCACCUGCGUUUCCUCCAACCCGUCACCGGACGCGCCCUCUUCCGCCCACUUCACCUCAGGCAUGGGAGGAUGCAAGGACAGCAACGGCAACAACAUAGGACAAUCGUCCAGCCCCAACAGUCACCACGACGGUUAUAUACCCAACAUGCCCAUCACCAACGGGAGUCUGCCCAUCUUAGGAACCAACAGCGCAAGUAGUACCAACGAGAUGCCUCCAACCCCCUAUUCGGAACCCUCCAACCCUCAGCUACUGGCCAACCAGUGGAUGAUGCCUCCCAACCAAAUCAAAAGGACCUCCAGUCCCGUGGACCAGUCUCUGGUCACGCCGACGUCUCUAUGUCAGCCCGUUUUCCCCAGCUUUGGACAGAACGCCAUCCACAACAGCGCGAUGAGUUAUCAGGCUCAAAAUCACGCUAAAAACUUCGGCCAGCCCUUCUACGGUUGGUAUUAGGGAUUGUGGUACUCACCCUGUAUAUGGAGCACAACACGUUAUUUAUUUUUAAGCUAAGAUCACUUCGCAAUAAGGUUUUGUUUGUUUUUUUCGACAUAUUCUUUAUUCUUUGUCUAUAUAGAGCGAUAUAUAUCUAUGUUUCGAUUCUUCCUAUUGUAUUUCUUUUUUUUUUGUACUACCGAAUGGAGAAUUUGUUUCUUUCGAUUUUGAAGAAUGUUAAACUGGCCAAAUUGCAAACAACUCUGUCCCGGAAUAUUGUAACAUAAGAAAAACAGCUUUAAUUGUUAUUUGUGUAACCAGUUGGAAAGGCAUUAUUUUUCGUAAUGAACAUAUUACGAAAAAUAGUGCUUCACACAAUUUUUUUUUUUCUAAUUUUGAAUAGGAUGUUGCUAUGAAUCCAAAUUAAAAGUACUAGAAGCGUCUUUGAAAGCUUCUCACAGAGAUUCCCUUAAAAUCGUCCAGUGAAGGAAAUUUUUCAAUUUUUCGCUCCGUUGCUAUGAAACAAGUAGC